AUGUUUGCGUCGCUAAUUGGUCUCAUAGGCCUCCUGUGGCGUGUCGAUGCGGCUGCCGUAGUGUCCGGAAGGGCUUUCGAUAGGUUCAUAAGCAUCUGGCUCGAGAACCAGGACUUCGCCAAGGUAGCCGCGGAUCCCGACUUUACUGACAUAAGGAAGCAUGGCAUCCUCCAGACUCGCUACUAUGCGCAAACCCAUCCGUCGCAGCCCAAUUACCUGGCCGCGGUAGGCGGGGACUACUUCGGGCUGGAUCAUGACGAGUUUCUUCGCAUUCCCGAGAACGUCUCCACUAUCGUCGACCUGCUCGAUACCCGGCAGAUCGGUUGGAGGGGCUAUUUUGAGGGUAAUCCCGGCCCGGGAUACAUGGCCGUAGGCAGCAUCAGCUCGUCUCAGUCUACCCCCGAUGGGAACUGGGACUACGUUCGCAAGCACAACCCGUUCGUCUCGUAUGACUCGGUCAACAAGAAUGGGACCAGGCUCCUCAACCUGUUAUCAUUCAAGGACUUCGAGAUUGACCUCGCUGCUGGGGCGGUACCCCAGUUCGUGAUGAUGUCUCCGGACGUGCUCAACGAUGGGCACAACACGACACUGGACUACGCCACAAAAUGGGCUCGCCAGUUUGUGAUGCCCUUGCUCGCCGAUGGGGUCUUCAGCGAGAAGACGUUGAUCCAACUUACGUAUGAUGAGACCGAGGACUACGCGGAGCCCAACAGGAUCGUCUCGUUGUUGCUUGGCAAUGCGGUCCCGGACAGCCUCAGGGGCUCGACAGAUGACACGUUCUACACGCACUACUCCAUAUUGGCCACCAUGGAACACAACUGGGAGCUGCCCAACUUGGGCAGAUUCGAUGUCGGCGCCAACGUCUUCAAGCUCGUGACAGACGUGACAGGCUACGUCAACAGCGACCCGCCGAACGCCGCCACCGCGAACAAUUCGGUGUCCUACGCGGGUCCAUAUAACCGCAACCAUACUACGAAGCUGGCGACGAUUGCUCCGCCAAAUCUGCAGUUGACAGGUGCUGGUGGCCUGCCCGUUCUGGAGGCUAUCCGCCAGGAGUGGGCAACCCAGGCAGAGGCGGAUACUCCGUAUGAUGGGACUGGUAAUGUUUACGAUGGUGAUAAUAUGCCUGUAUAUAGACCACAGGGGCAAAACGUGGGCUGA